GGCGGAGGAGGAGCAGGCGGAGAGAGAGAGCCCAGCCCAACACACGGCAACAACGCGCCCACGGAAGCGGCACGCGCGGACAGAAAUUUGAAGGAAAGCGGACUUCGACGCCGCGGAUAUGAACUGAACACGAACACCGGGAGAGGCAGGGACCGUGAAUUCACUGUAAAGGUGGAAAAACUAGCUGCCCCUCCUCCCUGAGUUACACCCAAAGCCCCGGCCGACCCCCUCCUGCUCCUCCCGCCGCUCCACCCCUCCGGCAGCCGAGAUGCACACGGAGAGCCGUAACAAGCACUGCCACUCAACUCCUAAAUCUAAGAAGAGUUGCAGCAGUGCUGGCAGCGCCCAGAAGAAGCGGAGGAGUGCCCUGACCCUGCACCAACAGCCGCCGCCUCCACCAACAUCAUCACUCACAGCCCAAGAAGAAGAAGAGAAGGAGGAGGAGCCAGUGUCCAUACCUCAGUCAGCACAGGAGGAGGAGGAGGAAGGUAGCGAGGAGGAGACGAGAAAGCCUGGGAAGACGAAGCGGCGAGGGAAGCCGCAGGAGGAGCAGGGCGGGACAGACAUGCCCUCGGUACAGAUCAAACCAGAGCCAGAGGAGAUGGAGUGCACGCAGGCAGAUGUAGGACACAGUUGCUCACAGCAGACAGACUUGAAGAUGGAGUUAAUAACUUGUAAGGUGGAGCCGUCUUCACCGGAGCCGUGCCCUGCUGACGAUCAGACGGAGCCUGUGGACCUGUCACUCAAUAAACCCCGUCCCUCUCCAGUCUCAGCCUCUGCGAUGAGCGCUACAGUCAACCCUGCUCCCAGUGGUAUUGUGGUCCCACCCAGUCUGUCAGCCACACCCGUCCCCACCACUGUACAAUCAAUAGGCUCCAUGGUAACUAUGGUUCUGUCUCCAGGCUCCAUCUUGGCCACACAGGGUGCUGGAGGCCAGCAGAUCCUCCACGUCAUCCACACCAUCCCUUCAGUCAGCAUGCCCAGUAAGGUGGGCCAGUUACAGACCAUCCCUGUGGUGGUGCAGUCGCUGCCCGUUGUCUACACCACUAUGCCCACUGACGGCGUUGCUACAGCAGCCAUUACCGUGCCUCUUAUCGGCAGCGAUGGACGCUCAGAGGGAUCUGUUCGCAUUAAACCCGGUUCUACGUCUCCGGUGGAGUAUCACAGUGACAGUGACGCAGAGAGCGGGACAGAAUCUGGAUCAGCUUCCCUUAGUGCCCAGAGCAUCGACGCAGGGUCGGUCAUAGACUUAGAGCCCGUGGAUCCAGAUUCACCGGACACCAAGAGGAGGCGGAUCCACAUGUGCGACUAUGAAGGCUGUAAAAAGGUUUACACCAAGAGUUCUCACCUCAAAGCCCACAGGAGGAUACACACAGGAGAGAAACCCUACCACUGUACCUGGGAGGGCUGCACCUGGCGCUUCGCCCGUUCUGACGAGCUGACCCGACACUUCCGCAAGCACACGGGAAUCAAACCUUUCCGCUGCACUGAGUGCGACCGCUCCUUCUCCAGGUCCGACCACCUCUCUCUGCACCGCCGCCGCCACGUUAUGAUGUGAACUCUGACCUCCUUCAAACCACGACCCAUGACUCCUCCCUUACCUGCCGCCUCUUUACCCACUUACAAAUUGCCUGCUAUGACCUUUGAACCCUUGACCUUCCCAAACUCCUUUGCAGCACAUCUUGUACUGGUGUUGUCCUCUGAAGCAAUGUCCUGUCCCCUCACGAUUUUAAGCUGCUGGAGCAGAUGAUUUAACAAAAGGCCACACGCCCUUCCUCCUUUUCCUCUCCAUCUAGACAUCACAGCAACAUCAGGAAUUCUGCACGUGCAUGUAGGAUUUUAGCUCCCGGCAUCACCGUCCAGCGCUGCUGCUUCUUUUUUACCAAACAGCCCCCCACUGAAGACAGCAAAGGCGAAUAGACAGACAGACCACAGCAGGGACGCUCAUCCAUCUGUCACAUGCAUCCAUCCAUUCUUUGGUGAGGAGGAGGAGUCGUCGAUGAAAGGAGAAACCGCAUGUGUGUGUCUUAUUUUCAAAAUAAGAGGGAGUGGUGCACAUCUCUUCAGCUGCUCUUUACUAUUCCACUAACAAAACAGCAUAUUUUAUGAUUACCCCCCCCCCCCCCCCCCCACACACACACCAAUUUGUCCUCUUGAUUACAUUGUUUUUUUUAUAGAUUAUUUUCUUUCUUGUCCAACCGAUCAGCCAGAUGUGUGUGUACAUACUCAUAUGUACUAACUAAACUGGUAUUUUCAAAAAGUACAUGCCCCCCCCCCCCCCCCCCUUAUAAUAUGACAAAACAAUCAUCAGUUUUACAGCAACUUGGCUUUUAGUCAGUUGAUACAAAAACAUUUCCCAGAGCAAAGAGUAUGUCACAGGAUAUUUAUUUAAUAUAGACAAUGUUUUCAAAAUCAGUUUUCAGUUUAACAUAAUUUUAAAAUGAUUUGUAUAGAGACACCAACCCCCCCCCCCCCCCCCCCCCCCCAAAUGAUGCAAUUAAAAACAUGUCAUAAUUUUCACAGUAGUGUAAAAAGGUUUCCAUGAAAUUGUAUCUACAGUCGGGAGGUUAUGAUCCAAAGAUAAUAAAGAUAAAAUAUUAAAUUUUCUGAUUGUUUAGAAACAAAGUGACAGCUUUUAGAUUAAAA